AUGGUCUUUGAUUCCUUUUUCAUCGUGGUGAUGUGCUUUUGCAGUAUCUUCACCGUGCUGCUACUGAUGUUCUUCUUCAUUGGCUUAUUGCGGUUCCUCACUGGCAGCUGCCAUGGUGAAAUUCGUGUGUCUUCCCACGCAGAGCUCACGGAAGAGGAAAGGAGAGACCUCGAAAAGGCCAUUCAAGAACACCUUCCAGAUGUGAAGGUUGACAAAGGCGAUGGGGAAGAGCACACUUGUCCCGUUUGUUUGGAUGACAUCGAGCCCUGUGAGCAUGCCAAGAAGUUGAAGUGCAACCACAUCUAUCACACGGAAUGCAUCAUGGAAUGGUGCACCAAAAAACGGCGGAAGGAGGGUGACAAACGCCCAGAGUCUGUGCAGUGCCCGGUGUGCCGAUGUCAUCACUACUUCAAAAGCGAGUUGAUUGUCAUCAACGAUAUCGAGCUAAAUGCCCCAGUGCCCAUGGAGGUGUAG